UUUAAAGCCCCCUUAACCAAAGACUGGCAUUCACCUUUCACCAUGAGGGGAAUCCUUUUAGCCUUAACUCUCGCCCUUGUGGGCAGCCAACAGGUGAAGUAUGAGCCUAAUUUCAGUAGCAGCAAGACCUAUGAGUACACAUAUGAAGGCCUGGUUCUGACAGGACUCCCUGAGAAGGGUUUGGCAAGAGCUGGUCUGAAAAUUAAUUCAAAAGUACAAAUCAGUGAAGUGGCACAACGGACAUUCAUGCUCAGAAUUAUAAAUCCAGAAAUUCAGGAGUAUAAUGGGGUCUGGCCAAAAGCUACCUUCUAUCCAGCAACAAAAUUAACACAAGCUUUGGCUAGGCAGCUGACAGAACCCAUCAAAUUUGAGUACAGCAAUGGACGAGUUGGGAAUAUCUAUGCACCAGCAGACGUCUCUGAUACUGUUGUCAACAUCCAGAGGGGUAUUUUGAACAUGCUCCAAGUAACUAUCAGGAGCACACAAAAUGUCUACGAACUCCAGGAGGACGGCAUUGCUGGUACCUGUCAUUCAAGCUAUGUUGUACAAGACGUCAAGAGGUCUAACAAGAUUGUUGUCACAAAAUCCAAAGAUCUGAACAACUGUGAUGAAAAAGUUAUAAAGAAUAUUGGCACUCGCUUUAUGCAGCACUGCAGGAUUUGUGACCAGAUUGGCAGAAACGCUAAAGCUACUGCUGCAUACACAUAUAUCCUGAAGCCAACAGAAUUUGGUGCUUUAAUCACCGAAGCAACCUCUCAGGAAGUACAUCAGUUCUCACCAUUUAAUGCAAUGAAUGGAGCAGCUUUAACUGAAGCAAGGCAGAAGCUUAUUUUGGUGGAUGUUAAAGCAAUUCGCAACAAUGUACCAGAGCAGCAGUUUCAGAAUCGAGGGUCAAUUAAGUAUGAAUUUGCCACAGAAAUUCUUCAAACUCCCAUUCAGUUAUUGAAGACAAAAAGCCCUGAGUCCAAAAUAAAGGAAAUCCUACAGCAUCUGGUGCAGAACAAUCAUCAGGAAGUUCACAGAGAUGCUCCUGCCAAGUUUUUGGAGCUCACACAGCUCUUCCGUGCCAGUACUUAUGAAAAUAUUGAGGGCAUCUGGAAGCAAUAUGAAAAUACACCACAGUACAGGCGAUGGAUUCUGGACACAUUGCCUGCAACUGCGACACCGAAUGCAUUCAGGUUUAUUAUCCAGAGAGUUAUGAAAAAGGAUCUCACCAUUGCUGAAGCGGCACAGACAUUGGUAACGGCUAUGUUAGCUGUCAAAGUUGAUCACCAGACAAUGCAAUUGGCAGCGGAUCUUAUUGAAGACAACAGUGCCAUAAGAGCACCUGCACUUUACAAACAUGCGGUUUUGGCCUAUGGAUCUAUGGUGUUCAAGUAUUGUGCAGAAAGCAGCAGUUGCUCUGAAUCUGCUUUGAAGCCCCUCCAUGACAUAGCCGCAGAUGCUACAGCAAGAGCUCAUGAAGAGGAGAUUGUUCUUGCCUUGAAGGCCAUUGGCAAUGCAGGACAGCCAGCCAGCUUAAAACGUAUUCAGAAAUUUUUGCCAGGCAUUGCCUCUGGAGCAUCACAGUAUCCAGUCAAGAUUCAAGCAGAUGCUGUAAUGGCUCUGAGGAAUAUUGCCAAGAAAGAACCAAGAAAGGUACAAGAGAUUGUCCUUCAACUAUUCAUGGAUCACAAAAACCACCCAGAGGUUCGAAUGGUAGCCUCAGUGGUCUUGUUUGAAUCUGAGCCCCCUGUGGCGCUGGUCACAGCUGUUGCUGAAGCAUUGCUGAAGGAGUCUAGUCUACAAGUGGCUAGUUUUGCAUACUCUCAGAUGAAGGCCCUUUCAAGAAGCAUUUCAGCAGUUAGCUACAAAGUGUCUUCUGCCUGCACUAUUGCUCUGAAGAUGCUAAGCCCCAGGCUUGACAGACUUAGCUAUCGAUACAGCAAGGCCUUAUAUACCGAUACGUACCAAUAUUCACUUAUGGCUGGCCUGGCUGCAAAGCUCUAUAUCAUGAACAAUGCAGCUAAUAUUAUACCAACUGCAGUUAUGGCAAAAUUCAAAAUACAUCUUCUUGGAGCCACAGCUACUCCUCUGGAGGUUGGACUGAGAGCAGAGGGUCUUCAAGAGGCUUUAACACGAAAUCAUGAGGACAUAAACAACUUCCCUUCACCUAGAAAGAUUGAACAGAUUGUGAAGAAGCUCAGUGGAUGGAAGUCUAUACCAUCAGAAAAAACCCUGGCAUCUGCCUAUAUCAAACUUUUUGGACAAGAAGUAUCUUUUGCUCAUUUGGAUAAGAAAUACAUUCAAGAAGCCCUGCAGGCAGUCCGCGAGCCAGUGGCAAAGCAGUCCUUCAUGUGGGCCAUGAUCCAACAGAUUCAGAGAGGAAUUUCCACAGAGUGGUCCAAACCCAUGCUUGCUGCUGAAAUGCGAAGAAUUGUACCCACCUGUGUCGGCUUCCCAAUGGAAACAAGCCUCUACUCCGCUUCAGUGGCAACCAUUGCUGUCAACGCUCAAGCUCAAAUCACACCUACACCUAGCAGCGACUUCCAUGUGGCUCAGUUGAUGAAUUCCAACAUUCUGCUUCGCUCUGAUAUCUCACCAAGUGUUGGUGUGCAUACAGUUGCAAUGAUGGGCAUCAAUACUCAUGCUGUUCAGUCUGGAGUGGAGUUAUAUACCAAAGCACAUACAAUAGUCCCCAUGAAAUUUACUGCCAAGAUUGACAUGAAAGAAAAUAACUUCAAGAUAUCAUCAGAACCAUGUCAACAGGAAACUGAACUCAUUUCUGUAAGAUCACAGGCAUAUGCUGUAUCAAGAAAUAUUGAAGAUCUUGAUGCUGCAAAAGAGACUCCUGUCCUACCUGAUGAUGCAGAGGCUGAUAUUUUGAAAGAAAAGUUCAACGCAGAAGUAGUGGCAUCCACUGAAAGGGAAAGAGCUGGCAGAAUAGCAAGACUGUCUGCUGAAAUGAUGUCCCAAGAUCUGCCAAACACUGGAGAACAUCAGUCACGCCGAUUUUCCAAAUCAUCUGUCAGUUUCUGUAGCAAAGCUAAAAACUAUGGCUUUCAAGUAUGUAUGGAGUCUAAAUCAGAAAAUGCUGCAUAUCUCAGGAGGAGUCCUCUAUACCAGCUUGCUGGGCAUCAUGUUUGUAAAAUACUUCUAAAACCAGCACAUACUUCUGAUUCAACUGUGGAAAAGAUUGAAUUUGAAUUACAGACAGGCCCCAAAGCAGCAUCCAAAAUGAUUAAAACAUUGUCUAUGGUUGAACUGCCUGAGGCAGCAGAAGCUGGAGACAAGAUCCUGUCUAAACUAAAGACUAUCCUCACCGCAGAUGACCGAGCUGAGGCCGCAAAUAAUGGCACUGCAUUGAAUAAGAAGUCUUCCAGUUCAUCCUCCAGUUCGUCCUCCAGUUCAUCCUCCAGGUCUUCAUCCAAGUCAUCUUCCAGUCAGUCAAGCAGCCAGUCCAGUUCCAUAGAAACCGAAGCUACUGAUAAUCUGGAGAAGGCUGAAGGAGAAGUUGAUCUGAAUAAUCGCAAGUAUUCACAGAAGAAAUCUCAAAAGAAGCAGCAACAGAAAAAGCAACAAGUUCGAAGUCGAUGGUCUAAGAAGAAGAGCAGUAGCAGCAGUAGUAGCAGCAGCAGUAGCAGCAGCAGUGACAGCAAUAGCAGCAGCAGCAGCAGCAGCAGUAGCAGCAGCGGCAGCAGCAAUUCAAACAGAAAACAUUAUUCUAAAAUGCCAAGACCAGCUAGAAGGCAUAUGACAAACACCAGUUCAUCCAGCAGUGAAUCGUCAAGUUCAUCUUCAGAACAGAAUAAUCGCAAUCCAGAAAUCUAUGAUUACAAAUUCAGAGCACAUGAUUAUAUGAAGAAUAAAUUAGGCAGCCGAGUAAGAGUGUCAUCUGAGAGCAGCAGCAGCAGCAGCAGUAGCAGUAGCAGCAGCAGCAGCAGUCAAAUGAUGUUUACGUCAAAGCAGUUUAAAUACAUGGGAGAUUCCUCUUCGCCAGUGUUUGUCAUUGUGGCUCGCGCCAUAAAGAGUGAUGGAAAGCAACAAGGCUAUCAGGUGGCUGGUUAUGCUGACUUAACUGCUCCAAAACCCCGAAUCCAAGUGCUGGCAGCUGACAUCACCGAGAGGAGCAAGUGGCAAGUCUGUGCCGAUGCCUUGAUGGCAAAUGACUACAAAGGAAUGGCCAUUGUGAGGUGGGGUCAGGAAUGCCAGGACUACAGAAUGGCAAUGCAACUGGAAAGUGGCCGCUUAGCAAACCACCCAUCUGUGAAACUGACAACAAAAUGGUGGAGAAUACCCAGCUCUGCCAGGAAAGCCUACAAAAAGUUUGGUGAAUACGUUAAAGGAAUGGCAUUGUUCAUGGGCUUUGCACAGAAAGAGCAGAAGAAUCCAUCUAGCCAGUGUUCAAUCAUCUUUGCACUAACUUCACCAAGGACUAUUGAUACUAUCAUCAAGACACCAAAGCUGACUUUAUUCAAAAGGGCCGUCCAGAUUCCGUUUGCAGUACCACAGCCAGCUCUUAGCGCUGAACAGAAGCCUGCAGGACUGCUGCACAGCAUCACUGAAAUCCCAACACUGAUCGCCGAAGCCAGCACAUCGGUGUGUUCUGCAUCACAAAACAAAUUUGACACUUUUAAUGAUGUCCGGUUUACGUAUGCGAUUCCCAAAUCUUGCUACCACAUCCUAGCUCAGGCUUGUACGACCAAACCUGGAUUUGCAGUGUUGUUAAAACGGACAUCUGUGGGAGACAAUUUAGCAGCUCUGAAUAUUCAUAUCCGUGACAAAGAUAUUGAAAUGUUACCCACAAGCCAUGGCCAUCUGAGACUGCUGAUUGACAACAAUGAGAUGCCACUGUCCCGGUUACCAUACACUGACUCCUCAGGCUCAAUUGAGAUCAAGAAAGACGAUACAUUCCUCGUUGUGCUGGCAGAAAAGUAUGGCUUAAAAGAAGUGAAGUUCAAUGGCGAGAAAGUAAAGGUCACCGUGGCGUCCAAUAUGAGAGGGAACAUGUGUGGAAUGUGCGGCCGCAAUGAUGGGGAAAGUAGACAUGAAUUCCGUAUGCCCAAUGGACGUCUGGCCAAGUCGUCUAGCAUGUUUGGCCACUCAUGGAUAGCACGAGGAGAGAAAUGUCAGAAAGGUUGUAACGUGAAGCAUGAACAUAUUGAUCUUGGCAAAGUGAUUUCCCUGUACGGAGAGCCAUCAAAAUGCUACUCUACUGAACCAGUCCUACGAUGUGAGGAAGGAUGCUCACCAGUCGAAAGCGCUGCAGUCACAGUUGGGUUCCACUGCCUCCCAACAGGCACAUCUGUCAGCCCAGCACAAUACAGUAGCUUUGCUGAAAAGAGUGAAGACAUGGAACAUUCGGUGGAAGCCUAUACUGAAUGCUCGUGCCCCACUGAUUUGUGCGCCGAAGCACAAAAACAAUGCAGUACUUACCCAUAUGAAAGCAAGCCAGAGUGUUUACAAAGUGGUGUCUUUGAGAUGGUCAGGAUGACCAGAAAGAUAAACUGGACAAAAAAAAAAACACAGACACAGAGAUGCGCAUGCGCAAGUGAGCAGGCAGAAGAGUAUAUAAACCCAGGCAUCACGUACAGAAAUCACUUUUCUUCCACCAUGAGAAGAUUGGUGAUAGCACUGACCAUUGCCCUUGUGGCAUGUCAGCAGAUCAACCUUGAUCCCCAGUUCAGUGAAAGUAAGACCUACGUGUACAAAUAUGAGGCGCUUCUUUUGGCUGGGCUUCCGGAGAAAGGCUUAGCACGUGCCGGUCUGAAGAUUACCAGCAAAGUACAGAUCAGUGGGGUUGCUCAGAAAACGUAUCUCCUUAAGGUUGUUGAUCCCCAAGUCUAUGAGUACAAUGGCAUCUGGCCCAAAGAUCAGUUUGCACCAACUGAAAAAGUUACCAGGCUAUUGGCAUCUCAACUCCAAAAUCCCAUCAAGUUUGAAUACAGCAAUGGUCGUGUGGGAAACAUCUAUGCUCCUGAAGAUGUAUCAGAAACUGUGGUCAACAUCCAAAGAGGAAUUCUGAACUUGCUUCAACUGAACAUCAAGAAGACACAAAAUGUGUAUGAGCUGCAGGAGGCUGGAAUUGGAGGCGUCUGCCAAACAAACUAUUUGAUUCAGGAGCAACAAAGGGGAAAUCGUAUCAUUGUUACCAAAAGUAAGGAUCUCAACAACUGUGAGGACAGAGUUAGGAAGGACAUUGGCAUGGCCUAUGCUGAACAUUGCGCUUACUGUCAACAGAGAGGAAAGAACCUACGGGGUGUAGCUGCCUACAACUACGUCAUGAAACCCACAGACUCAGGCGCACUGAUCAUUGAAGCUACUGCUCAGGAGGUCCAUCAGUACACUCCAUUCAAUGAAGUUUUGGGUUCUGCGCAAGUGGAAGCUCGGCAAAAUCUUGCAUUUGUGGAACUUCGCAGUAGCCCAGUAAGGCCAGCUGAUUCUGAAUAUCAGGAUCGAGGAUCUCUCAAGUAUGAGUUUUCAUCAGAAGUUCUUCAAACACCAAUUCAGCUUACCAGGAACAAAAAUCCUGAAACACAAAUCACAGAGACCCUAACACAUCUGGUUCAGCACAAUCAGCAGCAUGCCCAUCCAGAUGCUCCUGCCAGGUUCCUUCUGCUUACCCAGCUGUUACGCUCUGCCAACCAUCAAAAUAUUGAGGCCAUCUGGAAACAGUUUGAAAACAGAAAAGAUUUCAGGCGCUGGGUCUUAGAUGCCAUUCCUGCGGUUGGGACUGCUUAUGCUUUGAGGUUCAUCAAGGAAAAGAUUCAGGAAAAUGCCAUCACUGAAAUGGAAGCUGCCCAGGCUCUGAUCACUGCUUUGCACCUAACAAAAGCAGAUCACGAGACCAUGCCUUUUGCACAAGCUCUUGCUAACUCUCGCCAUAUUCAGCAGUCACCAGUCCUCCGUAAAAUCACAAUGCUUGGCUACGGUUCUAUGGUUUUCAAAUUCUGCUCUUUGCAUCAAAGCUGUUCCGAUAAUGUCUUACAGCCCCUUCAUGACUUCGCUGCUGACGCUGCCAGCAAAGCCCACCAGGAAGAUAUUGUUCUUGCUCUGAAAGCUUUGGGCAAUGCAGGCCAACCAGCCAGCCUCAAGCGCAUUCAGAAGUUUCUACCUGGGUUUUCCUCUGGUGCUUCACACAUGCCAGUCAAGGUGCAAGUGGAUGCAGUGAUGGCUCUGAGAAACAUUGCCAAGAAAGAACCCAAAAAGGUCCAAGAAAUCACUCUUCAGCUUUUUAUGGAGAAACAACUGCACCCUGAAGUUCGAAUCAUGUCUUGUAUAGUCUUGUUUGAAACCAGGCCCACUAUAGCAGUCGUGACCACUUUAACUGAAGCCCUGUUAAAGGAAACAAGUCUACAAGUUGCCAGCUUCACCUACUCACACAUGAAGGCUCUUACCCGAAGUCGUCUGCCUGAUUACCGCCCUGUUGCUGCUGCCAGCAAUGUAGCUGUUAAGCUCCUGAGCCCAAAGCUUGACCGUCUCAGCUACCGUUACAGCAAAGCUAUACGUCUUGAUACCUUCAAUAGUGAGAUAAUGGCUGGAGCUGCUGCAAAGAUCUUUGUAAUCAACAAUGCUGCUAGCAUCUUGCCCACUGCUGUGGUAUCCAAAAUCAGAGCUUAUGUUGCAGGAAGUGCAGCAGAUUUUCUGGAGGUUGGUGUUCGAACAGAAGGGCUGCAAGAUAUCAUUAUGAAAAGACAACAGCAAGACAUUAACCCUGCUAGGAUUAACAAAAUUCAGAAUAUACUGAAAGCUCUUUCUGGAUGGAAGUCUCUGCCCUCUAAUAAGCCCAUUGCUUCUGCAUACAUCAAACUGUUUGGACAAGAGGUUUCUUUUGCUGAACUUGACAAGAAUGCCAUUGAAGAUGCUGUGCAGAUGGCAACUGGACCUUUACAAAGACACGACACCGUCAGAAAACUUGUGAAGCAGCUUCAGGAUGGAGCAGCAGCUCAGUGGUCCAAGCCUCUGCUCGCUGCAGAAGUACGAAGAAUUAUACCUACAUGUGUGGGAUUUCCUGCUGAAGUAAGCCUGUACUCUGCAGCCGUGGCAGCCUCUGCAGCAAAUGUCCAGACUCGUAUGUCACCUGCUCCUGCCGACAAUUUCCGAGUAUCUCAGUUGUUGAACACUAACAUUCAAGUUCAAGCAGAAUUAACUCCCAGCAUCUCCCUGCACACAGUAGCAGUCAUGGGCAUCAACACUCACUUAAUUCAGAGUGCAGUAGAGAUUUACGCAAAAGGACGAGCUGCCAUUCCUCUGAAGUUUGUGGCCAGAGUUGACUUAAAGGAAAUGAAUUUCAAACUUGAGUCGGCACCAUGUCAGCAAGAGGAAGAGAUUCUAAACCUGAGGGCUGAAGCUUUCGCUGUAACAAGGAAUGUGGAAGAUUUGUCUGCAACCAGGAAAACUCUGAUAGUGCCAGACUCUGCUGAAAGUAACAUCUUGAAACAGCAAUUUACUUCCCAGCAGCAGUCAUCCAGAGAACAUUCACAAGGAAUGCCAAAGAUGUCUUCGGAACUCCAAUCAGCAGAAAUUCCCUAUUAUGCAGAAGGUGCACCACAUAAGCACAUGGCCAGCUACUAUCGUCAAUCCUGUGCUAAAGCUACCAACUUUGGAUUCCAGUUGUGCUAUGAGGGCAAAACCCAGAAUGCUGCUUUCAUAAGGAAUUCAUGCCUGUAUAAGGCCGUUGGACAACAUGCUGCAAGAAUUGUACUCAAGCCAGCUCACUCUGAAGGUACCAUUGAAAAACUGCAGGUUGAAAUCCAGGCAGGAGCAAAGGCUGCUUCCAAGAUUAUCAAAAUGGUUUCAUUGAAGGGGCUCACUGAAGAAGAAACUGAAGAAAACCCUGAAGGCAAAAACGUUUUGCUGAAACUGAAAAAAAUCCUCACACGAGAAGAGGUUAGAUUAACGAACAUGACAUACAGAAAGUCCAGCUCCAGCUCUUCAUCCUCAGAACCAUCUACAAGUUCUUCCUCAAGUUCUCAGAGCAACAGCAGCCAGUCAAGCAGCUCCUCAAGUCAGGAGAAACGUGUCGCACAAGAAGGACAGGAAAACCUCAAAGCCAAGCCUAGACGCCGUUCCUCUAGCUCCUCUUCUUCCUCCUCAUCAUCUUCAUCAUCUUCAUCUUCAUCAUCUUCUUCCAGCAGUCAGUCCUCCUCACGUAGGAGAGAAAAGCCUGAUGAAUUGAAUCCACAAAGAGAGAGGAGUCAAAGAACAAGAAGCCAUGACCGAAACAGGAGGAGGAGCAGCAGUAGCAGCAGCAGCAGUAGCAGCAGCAGCAGUAGUAGUAGCAGUAGCAGUAGCAGCAGCAGCAGCAGCAGCAGAAAAUCCUCCAAUGACAGUCAAAACAAGAAGAAAAAACGACAGCAAGGAAAUAAACAAGCCUGGAGUGUGAGCAGCUCUGUCAGCAGCAGCCAGUCCUCCAGCGAGUCCAGCCAGCAGCAGCCAAAGAGAGAACCUGAGAUUUAUGAAUACAAAUUCAAAUCUGCUCACAUCCACCAGCAUGGUGACAGAAGGCAGUCAAGUAGCAGCAGCAGUAGCAGCAGCAGCAGUAGUAGUAGCGCCUCUAGCUUUGCUGAAGUAUCACAGAAGCAUAGAUUCCUUGGAGAUAACUUGCCUCCAGUGCUUGCCAUUGUUGCUCGGGCCAUCAGGACUGACGGAGAGAAACGAGGAUACCAGGUGGCCGUUUACAGUGACCUGACAGCUUCAAAACCAAGAGCACAGGUGAUAGUGGCAGAACUCGCUGAAAAAAGCAGAUGGCAGAUCUGUGCUGAUGCCAUAUUACUCAGCAAGCACAAGGCAAUGGCUGUAACACAAUGGGGUAAAGAAUGCCAGGACUACAAAAUUGCUUUCAAGGCAGUGACUGGACAGCUCGGUGCACAUCCAGCAGUGCAGCUCAAAACACAGUUUUGGAAGAUCCCUACUGCAGUGAAGAAGACGGCAAAGAUGAUGGCAGAAUAUGCUCCAAGUGCUGCUUUCUAUUUUGGCUUUUCUCAGCAAAGGCAAAGUAACCCAUCUAGAGAAAUGACAGUCAUUUUAGCAGCAACUUCCCCAAGAACUAUUGAUGCUGUCAUAAAGAUACCAAAGAUGACCUUUUAUACCCGUGCUGUCCGUAUCCCUCUAGCGCUGCCAGUUGGAGUAAAUGCUUUAGAUCAGCAGAAGCAGGCAGGCUGGAGUAUCCUUGCUGACCUUCCUGACAUGUUUGCUGACUCCUAUUCAGCCCAGUGCUCAGCUUCUUCUUCAAAUCUCCUGACAACCUUCAACAAUGUGAGAGUCAACAAUGAAAUCCCCAUAUCCUGUUACCAAGUAUUGGCACAAGACUGUAGUGAUGAGCUCAAAUUUAUGGUGAUGUUGAAAAAGGACGAAAUAUCCGAACGUAACAGGAUUAAUGUCAAAGUUGCUGAUAUAGAUGUUGACAUGGACCCCAGAGGUGAUGCCAUGUUCUUGAAGGUUGAUGGUUUGGAAAUACCCGCUGUAAAUCUCCCAUACACAGACUCAACUGGCUCUGUUACAAUUGAACAAACUGGAGAUGGCUUGUCUCUCCGUGCUGUGAGCCAUGGACUAAGUGAGAUCUACUUUGAUGGAAACAGCUGGAAGAUUCAAGUUGCUGCCUCCAUGGCUGGACGCACUUGUGGAAUUUGUGGUCGUGGUGAUGGAGAAACAAGAGAGGAGUAUCAGAUGCCAAACGGAGAGGCAGUGGAGAAUGCACAAAGUUUCAUGAAUUCAUGGGUGAUUCCAGGAGACAGCUGCAAAAAUGCACAAGCAUGCCGAAUGCAACAUGAAUCUGUAAAGAUGGAGAAAGAGGUCAACCUUGAAGGACAGAACUCCAAGUGCUACUCCGUGGAGCCUGUGCUGCGCUGUUUGCCAGGAUGCUCACCAACCAGAACGGCUCCCGUGACUGUUGGAUUCCACUGCCUCCCAGCUGAUUCAUAUGUGAGCCGACCUGACAAUAUGGCCUACUUCUCUGAUAAGAGUGUGGACCUCAAAGACACCGUAGACUCACAUGUGGCCUGCAGCUGCAACAGAUGUGCUUAAAUGAACAAGACGGGCUGAUGGAACGUUGAGAAGAUGAAUUGUGUCUCCUCACGCAAACUUUAAUUCCAAGUUGAAAUUUUUAGAAAGUGCUUGAAAUGUAAUUCAUGGGAACUACCCAAUGAAAAAUACAUCAUUCAAAUGUAUUUAUAUUUGUCAAAAGAUUUCAGAUAUAUAAUAAAAUGCAUACAAAGAAA